AAAUUGAGCGACAGUUGCAAAAUUACAUCUUUACAAUAAGUAUAAAAAAAGUGAAAUUUUUAAACAAUGUGACAUAAAGCGGUUAGCACAUGCUUUAAUAUUUAUAUUUAUCGCCUCAUUCCGAAUUGUUCGUUUUACUGCCAACAAGUCUUCAUUUUUGCUCUGCAAGUCUGUCAACUAGAAGCCAAAUCUGGACGAGCGAGCCAAAAUAAUUUAGUUGCUCGCCUCGAAAAACUCUCCAUUAAUUUCACACUUAAUUAACGUCCGCGGAUAGUGCUCAGAAGACAAAGUGGCCGCAGAGCCAGAAAAGAAAAAGAACAAAAAAGUCCCCAUGUUGACAAUGUGGCAGACAUUAUCAAUGCUAUCAACAUCAGUCACACACGCAUCACGACGGCAGCCGUCAACAAGCUGCAGCAAAUGCCACAGCAGCCGUCAGGCAUGUAGCAAAGUUUUAUCUAGUUGCAACAACCCGGAAAUGCAAAAUCACGGUGGCAGCAGAAACUGCAACAUGUUGCCAACAACAGGACCACCAUGUGGGAGUUGCUGCCACAAUGCGACAGGUUGGAUACACGGCAAAAGACAAAGGCGGGGGCAGAAGCAGAAACUACAGCAUCAGCAACCCAUGUGGCAGUGGCUGCUGCUUUUUACUUUGCUGCUUGGCAUCUUUAGCGAUGCGGCUGAGGCCACGUUACGUAAUGUAAAUUUGCUCAUCGAGCCGCCAGCCGUGCGACGUGGUCAGUCGGUGGCGCUACGCUGCGACUAUCAACUGGAUGGUGCGCCGCUCUACUCGAUUAAGUUCUACCGUGGGCAGAUGGAGUUCUAUCGCUAUACACCCGGCGAGUAUCCGCACACGAAAGUGUUUCAGUAUCCUGGCAUUAGAGUAGACGAUAGCAGCUCGAAUGCCACGCUGGUGCUCAUACGCAAUGUAGGCUUCGGGCUCUCUGGAAAUUUCAGCUGCGAGGUAACAGCCGAUGCUCCACUCUAUUCCACGGCCACGGCUUACGCGCAAAUGCAAGUUGUGGAAUUUCCGGAGAAACGCCCUCAGCUAUUUACGGAGCACACGCGUUACGAGCCGGGCGAUGUUCUUCGGGCCAAUUGCAGUACCCCGCCUUCACGUCCACGUGCCGAGCUGCGAUUCACCAUCAACAAUGUGCCGGUAACAACGGAUGAGACACAAUACAUCAGAACGGUUGACAACUUAAUAGCAUCCAGACUGAGCCUGAAACUGCAAUUGCAGGCCGUGCACUUUGUGGCCGCCAUCAAUGGCAAUGCGGCUAAUGCCCACUCGACAAAUGCAGUGGGUGUUGGCGUUGGCGGUCUGGUGCUCCGUUGCACAGCGCAGAUAGGCGAUCUAUAUCAGGAGUACAAGGAAAUCGAAUUGGGCACACCGCAAAAGGAUCCGGUGCCAGCCAGAGUUACUCUGUCAUCGGGCACAGGUCUGCGAAAUUUCAUCGAAACCUAUUUCUACACGUCGGCCGCAGCUCGUCGGCAAUCUGACAGCUUAAAUCACUAUCUGGUUGCCUGGUAUCUCAGUGUCAUGAUGUGGGCGUUGGGUCGCAGCUAGUGGACUCGCCCCUGGGCUAAUUGAAGUGUAGGAAUGUAAACCUAAAUGAGAAUCAAAUACAUACAUUCUAGAAGAUAUGGUAAUAGCAGCUUGUUGUCUAGGGCAUAUUCACAUGCAAAGUGUAGAAUAAGUUAAGACAUAUGUAUGUGUAGUUCGGUAGCAUUAAGUCUAGCUAUAAUACUGCAUAAGUUGCAUGCCAUCAAAUGAUAUGAAAUUUGUAAAUAUUUACUUUAUGAUAUAAGCCGAUGCAUAGGCUCAAUAUUAAAUUAACCCACACAUACACACAUACACGUACACAUACCCAAAGCAAACAAAAAAGCACAUAGCGCCGCUAAUUGUUAAUUAAUGGUUUAUUUAAUGAUGCAUACAAA